CUCCUCACUUCACUUUCUGCCUCCUCGACUUGCAGUCAGACGAUACGACUGUAGCUGACAAGAGAUUGCUGACUAGUAAAGGACCUGAUUGAGACCAUGAUGACUCCUAUUCUGAAGCUCAUGCUGGCUUUGGCCACAGUUUUGGGGGUUGUAGUAACCACUGUAAACUCCAUGCCCCCUAGGAGUCAGAAUCUGAUAUGUGAUGGCAAUUUUAAAAAGGAUCAGCUCCAAAACUACGCCCAGCAAGCACUAAAGGCUAUUGAUUCUACUCGCACGCCGACUGCUUCUCAUGUGCUAGCAGGCAAGGGCCAGCAUGUCUUCAACAACAACCUCCUUAAGUUUCACCGCAGUGUUCUGGAGAAGCUGCUGAAAGAUUUGAGGGGCUACGAUAAGCAUAUGAAGAACCUGGAGAAGGACCUUGUGAUCCCCCUCAACGAAGAUCACAAAAAAAAAAUUGGAACUGAAAUGGUGGUUGACUUCAGUCCGGAGGAUGAGUAUGUGGAUUAUAAUGCAGUUGUGUACGGAGCGUACGUGGAGAAGCUCCGAGAGGCACUUGUGGAAUACCUCAAGGCUGAUACAUCUGACAACGAUGAUGAGAGAAACAGAAUCAAAACGCAGGUGGAGUUAAUCACCAAUAAUAUGGUGAACCUUGAUGUGUAUGUGGACCCAAUGGCCUGCGAUCACUUGCUGAAGAAGAAACAGAAGAAGAACCAAAAUAUGAAGCAAAAGUACUAUGAGAUCAGAGGUGCAUUGAGGAAUAUGUUCCAGAACAUCCUGCAGGACUUCAAAAAAGUGUCUGAAAAGAUCAAAGACCUUUACGAGACAAACAACUGGAACAGAUAGACACACAUUAAGAGAUCUGUCUUCUGACCCGGAGUGAUCACUGGGAGGAGCUCUUCUUUCUGAAAUCAAUAAGUACUGCUUUGGUUUUACCCAUAUUCAGUUUUAAAUCACAUGAGCUAAUAAUAAUAA